GUGGCCGUUUACUGGACGUUGUACUUAUGCAUUCUAGUAUCAGUGGCGAGGACUUGCAAAAUAACAAUUGAACCAUUCGGUGCUCGUUUCAUUAUUGAUUUUUAUUAUUCAGCCAAAAUAUAUACCUACUGCAUUUCGAUUGGCCAUAAAUACUACACAACGGUGUUCACGUUCGGUGUCUGCGCAUUGCGGGUAAACCUUUUGUGAAUUUCGAUUUGGAGUUUUAAGUUUAUUGAUUCCUGAUAGCUUGGGCGUCUUCAAUUACGACUCGAAACAAUUAUUGGCAUCAGCCAUAUCUAAACGGCUAUGUCUUCAUUGAGAUGGUUCGACGGCGACUCCAAAAACGCGUUACAACAAAUGGUCGAUAAAAAUUGCAUGUUCAUGGUUUAUAUAGGUAAAGAAAACGAUGAACUUAUGGAAGUGUUUAAAGAUGCCGACAUUAUCGAGCUGUUGAACGACGACGUUGUUAUAUGCUUUAAAAUGGAUCCGUCUAGUCCGAGCUUUGAUAAUUUCAAAGUGAUCUUCAACGAUGUCGCUAUUCCUUCGAUAUAUUUAUUGGAAAAAAACAAUAUCGAACAACGAGUAAUAAGAACACCAGCAUCUACACCAUCAGUUGACUUGAAAACUGUUUUAAAACAAAACCUGCUAUCUGCCGUUAGCAGCACCAUAAAAGAUAUUAUAUCGAGUGAUAUUUCUACAGAACUACAAAAACAGAAGCUUUUACAGUAUUGGAACAAUAUCCAAAAAAAAAUAGCAAAAAUGAAUAAACUGCUGGAAAAAAUCGAUAUGCCGAAAAUUACGGACAAUAUUAAAAAAUCCGACAACGAUAUGACAAAAAUAAAAAUAAAAAUUCCGAGCAAAAAUAUUACCAGCAUCCAAGAGUUUAAAGUUACUUCUUCGCUAAACGACAUCAAAGCGUAUGUGACGACAAACAUGAGUCUUCCUUCCGGGCCAAUCAAAUUUAUAGCUCAUCGGCUGUUCGUCGAAGAGGAUUUUAGCGCCACACUAUUGGAUUUAAAUCUAUGUCCGUCGUCAACAAUUUACGUACAUUCGAUAACUUCGUUGGCCCAAACCCCUUUCUCGUCGAUAAUAGACCCGUGGUCAUUGGUGAUGAGCAUCUACCGCACGCUUGUGUUGAAACCGUACUAUAGCGUUCGUGAUUUCGCGUUUAGUUACUUGACUCGUACACAGCCUGUCGUUGCAUCCCGACCGCAGUCACAAAACGCACCGCAGUCACAAAACGCAACGCAGUCACAAAACCCGCCGAACGACAGCUACGAAAAGAAAUUCACUUACAAGCCCACGUCCAAUAUACAUAGUUUGAGAAACCGCAACGAGAACAGACGUGGACGUCCGGACGACGAUGACAACAGCACCUACAACGGUAACUCGACACAACAAUUGUAACGACGUUCUUCUACGAUCGAUUUGUUUGAGUUCACCGGUUUUUUAUUAUUCAUUUAUGAACAUUUUACAUUAUUACUAAUAUGAAAUGUCGUUAUUUAUCAUCGGUUUUUUUUUGUUUAUUUUAUUUUUACUUAAAAAAAAAUAAUAAAAGUACAAUAUCGUACAAAUUACUUUUUGUAUAUUCGUAAAUUCUUUGUAUUGUAUACUUUUUAAUUUUGUUAUGACUGUCUAAGAUAUCGUUGUAUUGACUUACAAAAUACUGUUCUGUUCUGUAAUUGAGUAUUUUUUUACUGUAAAAAUACGUUUAUUACAUUGAGAUUAAUAUAUUUGUAAUUCAUUUCAUUUAAAUUUAUUGUGAUCGCAAAUUGUAGUAUUAGACCACUCUAGUCAUCUGACCUAAUGUUCAAAGAAGUGUUUUUUUUUUU